UUGAGGAACAGUUCUACCGUAGAGGAUGCAUCUCUUGCUGUUUAUGUCUCUCUCUCUCUCUUAGCUUGUUAUCUAGUUAUCUAUCUAAUGCUAACAACAUGAAGCAGUGUUGAGAAAACACGAUUCAUGUUCAGAACAAAUGUUCCAAGCUUGCCUCAUAAUCGCAUUUUAUUGACUGCCCCAAGACUGUAACUAACAAACGUUAUUCCCGCAUUUGAUAAUCUGAUCGUUUUUGUAGCUAGAUAGCAUAACGUUACUGGCUUGACAAAUUCACAACAAGCAACAGUGGUUCAACUCUACCAUUGAAAUCGUGAUGUAGAGGCAUCUCAAGGUCGGGGUUCGGUAUGAAAUACUACACACCUUCUGCUGACGCGUUCCACACAACUGGGAACUCGGAAAAAACGAGGUCAAAAUCAUGAAGACAGACUUCAGUUGCCAUACAGAGAGAUUUGUGAUGUAGCUACCAGUUGGUGGGAGUUGGCAACAAUCAAACAAUGGAAGAUGAUUCCCCGACUCUGAAACCCAGGCGCAUCCAGAACCAGAAUGUGGUCCAUCGACUGGAGCGGCGGCGGAUCUUCUCUGGCCGGGCUGCAGCCCACUGGUACCGCGGGCGCUGCUUCCACCAGAACCUUUUCCCAAACUUCACUGUGGUAAAUGUAGAGAAGCCUCCCUGCUUCCUACGUAAGUUCUCCCCAGAUGGACGCUGCUUCAUAGCCUUCUCCUCUGACCAGACCUCCCUGGAGAUCUAUGAGUACCAGGGCUGCCAUGCGGCUGAGGAUCUGCUGCUGGGGCAGGAUGGGGAGACCCUGGCCAACGGCAAUGACCAGCGCUCCCUCAACAUCCGCGGCCGCCUCUUUGAGCGCUUCUUUUCCCUCCUGCACGUCACUAACGUGGCCUCCAAUGGAGAGCACCUGAACCGAGAGUGCAGCCUGUUCACUGAUGACUGUCGCUAUGUGAUCGUGGGCUCAGCGGUCUACGUGCCCGAGGAGCCCUCUCCACACUUCUUUGAGGUGUACCGCAACAACGAGUCUGUGACUCCCAACCCCCGCUCUCCUCUGGAGGACUACUCACUGCACGUCAUUGACCUGCACACUGGCCGGCUUUGUGACACCAGGUCCUUUAAGUGUGACAAGAUCAUCCUCUCGCACAACCAGGGACUCUACCUCUACCGUAACAUACUGGCUGUUCUUUCUGUUCAGCAGCAGACAAUCCAUGUCUUUCAGGUGACAUCAGAGGGGUUGUUUCUGGACGUGCGGACCAUCGGUCGUUUCUGCUACGAGGACGACCUCCUGACUCUGUCUGCGGUGUACACUGAGGCCCGGGCCGAGGGCCAGCCAGGCUUCUCCCGCCUCUACAAGGAGAAGACCAUCAACUCCCUGAAGCACAGACUACUGGUCUACCUGUGGAGACGGGCUGAGAAGGACGGCAGUGCCACCGCCAAGCGACGCUUCUUCCAGUUCUUUGACCAGCUGAGACAGCUGAGGAUGUGGAAGAUGCAGCUGCUGGAUGAGCACCACCUCUUCAUUAAAUACACCAGCGAGGAUGUGGUCACCCUGCGAGUCACUGAUCCCUCCCAGCCCUCAUUCUUUGUGGUGUACAACAUGGUGUCGACAGAGGUGUUGGCGGUCUUUGAGAACACUUCUGACAAACUUCUGGAGCUGUUUGAGAACUUCUGUGACCUGUUUCGGAACGCUUCGCUCCACAGCGAAGCUGUUCAGUUCCCCUGCUCAGCCUCCAGCAACAACUUUGCACGGCAGGUUCAGAGAAGGUUCAAAGACACCAUAGUUAAUGCAAAGUAUGGCGGUCACACUGAGGCGGUGAGGAGGCUGCUGGGACAGCUGCCCAUUAGUGCUCAGUCCUACAGCAGCAGCCCCUACCUGGAUCUUUCCCUGUUCAGCUACGACGACAAGUGGGUAUCUGUGAUGGAGCGGCCCAAAACAUGUGGAGACCACCCCAUCCGAUUUUAUGCUCGGGACUCUGGAUUGCUGAAGUUCAAGAUCCAGGCAGGCCUGCUGAGCCGGCCCAUUAACCAUGCCGUCCGGCGGCUGGUGGCCUUCACAUUCCACCCCUUUGAGCCGUUCGCCAUCUCAGUACAGAGGACCAACGCUGAGUAUGUGGUGAAUUUCCAUAUGCGGCACGUCUGUGUAUGAGAGGAAAGCAGUGGACUAGACCUGGAGAACUGUGUAGAGCAAACAGCGGCUAUUCUGCCUUUUCCUCUCCCCCUAGUGUGAGGAACAAAAUAAGACUGGACUGUGGGAGGAUCCAGUUGAAGUGGAAAUGGGGAGCUUGGGAUUGGGGGGGGGAUUCCUUUCAAGACCAAAUAUGUUUUGGCUUGCUCUCAAAAUCGGCUUUUCCAUAUCACCACAUACCUUUGUUUUUGGUCAAAUGUUAUUCUUAGACAUGUAUUUUUAUUUUGUGUUUUAUUUCAAUAAGUGAUUUAAUCAUUGAUUGUGAUUCUUUAAGGUUAUUAUGAAUAUUUUGCUACAGUAAAAGCUAUUUUUCAUAAUAUGCUUUGCGGAGUGGACCUAGUUAUUAGCCUGAUUGCUCCCUUGUAGCUCAGGGGCCUCAUUUAUAUAACCGUUCUACACUAAAUAUCUGUGUGCGGCAUUUCUGAAAAGAUUGCGCACAUACAAAAAUAUAUGUAUGUUUCCAGUUAGCUUUGGGACACAACAUUGUGAGACACAGUCUUUAUAUUGGUUGCACUCCCUGAGAUGUGCAUCGUUCUAGGGGGUGGUGACGGAAAAUAACCCUAACACAAUUUAGCUGGCUUCACCAAAACAUUACGUUUCCUUUAAAGAAAACCAUAUGUAUAGUCUCUAGAAAAUCUACUUACUAGAAGUAAAGUGAAAUGUGUCACUCGCUAUCAAAUAAACAUCUGAAUCCAACUUUUGUUCAAACCACACCAUAUUCCUGCUGUGUAAACAGUGUUAGAUUUUGUGGUAGGAAGUCUCACAUGAAGGUCUAAUGGCAGCCCGCUGUCUAAUUUCGCAGGAAUAUGGUGUGGUUUGGACAAAAUUUGGAUUCUGACGUUUAUUUGACACAAUUCACUUUACGUCUGGUAAGUAAAGUCCCUGGAGCAGGGUUCUCCAACCUGCUAACAUGAGAGCUACUUAAAAAAAUGAACUUUUUUUUUUUUUAACAUGUCAUGAGUUACUCUUUUCUUUUUAUAGCAUUCAAAUAAGCACAUUCUUCUCCUCUCCCCUGCAACUCUUCCCAGGUCCUUAGUGUACAAGAGAAAGUAGUGCAUGUUCUUUUGUCAAUAUACCUGGUAAAAUAAUGGUUAAUAAACAACUGAGUGGGGCCCUAUAAAAUAAUGUUUUCCCUCAAAUUCUGUUUUAUAUUUUCCCAAGUUGUUUUCUGAGUUUUAUUUUUCCUGGUUUUAGAUUGUUUUAAUGUACUCUCAAAAUUGCAAUUGUUUAUAGAGAAACAACGAACUUUGAUGUUCUGAGUCAAUGUAAAUGAUUAAAUCACAUCUGAAGACCA